AUGGACGUGGACAUGACGUCCGCCGAGCCCCCCAAGCCCAGCCCUCUGCUGCGGCUGCCGCUCGAGCUGCUCCUGCGCAUCAGCCAGCACCUUACGACGGUCGAGCUGGGCCACCUGCGGCUGAGCUGCGGGCACGUCGAGAAGUCGCUCUUUGCCAGCUUCGCGCGCGAGUUCUUCCGGCACAAGCAGUUCAACCUGACCGAGUUCAGCCUCGCGGCGCUGCUCGCCAUCUCGCGCAGCCGCCUGGCGCCGCACAUGCGACACCUGCACGUCGGCCUCGAGACCGUCUCGCACGCGCGCAUGUGCCACACGCACCGCUCGCCCGCGGCCACCCACCGCCACAACCAGCUGCACACGCGCCACUGGAUCUUCGCCACCACGGGCCAGGACGCGGCCAUGCUCGCCGAGGCCCUCAGGGGCCUGACGAACCUCGAGGACGUGGUGCUGCGCGACUCCAACUCGACGCGCCGCUCGAGGGACGGGCCCGGCGCCAGCUGGAACAGCUACGGGGACGCGACGUUUACGAGGCUGACGGGCACCACGCUGAUGAACGCGACCGUCGUGAGCUACGACGAGUUUGCGAGCUACAAGGUGUUUAUCAAGACGCUGCAGGCGCUGGCGGCCGCCGACUCGCCGGUCGCGGGCAUCGAGCUGCUGCUGAGGCGGCAUGGUGUACCCUGGCGGGGAACGUUCUAUGUGCCCGAGUACUUGAAGCCGACGAUGCUGCCGGUGCUGGCGCGCCUGACCAAGCUGCAUCUAGUCAUAGGUGACGACUACCGCGGGUGGUCCGACGGCGACGCCUUCAACGCGCGUACGUGGAGUUUUGAUCUCCGCCAGUUUCUAUCGUAUGUGCCGAACCUGCGCGACUUUCGAUUCAACGGCUACCGGGGAGAUACGCUCGUGUUUGCGCUGUUUAUGGAGUGGCUCGCCAUGGAGGAGGGCGCGCCGAUUACCUGCCCGGACGGCGUCAUCACCGACCCCGAGGAGCGCGCCAUCAUCGAGAGCUCCCCGCCACCCAUCGGCUUCCCGCACCUGACGCGGCUGAGCCUGGGCAAGAUUCACAUGAAGCCGGAACUGCUCGUGCGGCUGCUGCGGAAGUUUGCCCCGACGCUCGAGGAUCUGGCGCUGUGGGAUGUGACUCUGGCGGCAGAAGACCAGCAGGAGCUGGCUGUGUGGAAGAGGCUGUGGCGGGAUCUGGCCAAGACCGAGAGCGGGCUGAGUUUGCAUCGGGUCAAGGUGGGACGGCAAAAGUUUGAGGACACCAAGGCCCAGCAGGCACGGCCGCCGGCGGCACGGUUCGUGGGCGGGAGAGGCGAGGUGCAGUACGAAGGGCCGGACUGGAGGGCGUUUGUGCGGGAGCAGCUCGAGACGGCGGAGAUUGUGCGCUUUGUGCCGCAAACUAUGGUAAGCCAGCAAGCUGAACUCGACAACGACGAUGACCCGGAGGAUGUCGACGAGGAUGACGAGGAUGAGAAUGAUAUUGAUGAGGAUAAUGAUGAGGAUAAUGAUGAAGAAGAUGGAGAUGAUGGCGCGGACGACACAGCCAUGAAUGGAGCGGCGUCGACGACUGUAUAA